GUGCUGAUGGCGCACCCUGAGCUGUUUGUGACGAGAGCGCCCCCUGUGGAGGGGAGUGCCGUGGAGCUCAGUGCUCUGGGCUUCCUGGGUUCAUUCGGGGAAGAUAACAACACGGCAGAGAGAUGCUACCACGCCCACUCCCGCAGCAGCGUCCUCCAGGGCCUGCCAUUUGGAGGCGUGCCCACGGUUCUCGCCAUCAACGUGGUGCUCUGGAUGUUCCUGCUGCUCAUCUUCUCCUGUCUGAGGAAGGCUGCGUGGGACUACGGCCGCCUGGCUCUGCUGAUGGAGAACGACAGUCUGACGUCCCUGUUUUAUGGAGAAGCCAGUGAGAAGGAGAAGACUCCCUCCGAGUCCAGCCCCUCUGACUCUGAGACCAAGGACCUGGGCUUCUGCUCGUGGCUCUCGUCUCUUUACCAUAUGAAGGACGAGGAGAUCCGCAGCAAAUGUGGCAUCGAUGCGGUCACGUACCUGUCCUUCCAGCGCCACAUCAUCCUGCUCAUGACCGUAGUGUGCUUGCUGUCUUUGGCCGUAAUCCUGCCGGUCAACUUUUCCGGGAACCUCCUGGGAGACAGUCCUGAAAACUUUGGAAGAACGACACUGGCUAAUGUCAGUGCAAAGGACAGCUUCCUGUGGCUCCACAGCAUCCUCGCUCUGGUUUACUUCAUCAUCACGUCGCUGUGCAUGGUUCAUCACUCGAUAAGGCUGGAGUACAGAGAAGACGAGAAGGUAGCCAGGACACUGAUGAUCACCUCUAUACCCAGAGAGAUCUCUGACCCCGGACUCAUCACCAAACAUUUACAUGAGGCCUACCCCAGCUGCACUGUCACCGACAUCCGCUUCUGCUUGGACAUCCACAAGCUGAUGAGGCUGGACCUUGAGAGGCGUAAGGCGAUGAAGGGAAGGCUGUAUUUUGCCACCAAAGCCCAAAAGGAGGGAAAGAUCAUGAUCAAGACUCAUCCGUGUGCUCAGAUAGACUGCUGCGACAUCUGCGGCUUUGAAAAGGUGGAUGCAGAGCAGUACUACAGUGAGUUGGAAGAAAAGCGGACGGACGAGUUCAACGCCGAGAAGCAUCGCAUCUCCUUGAAGCGGCUCGGCAUCGCCUUCGUGACCUUUCGUGAUGAGAGGAUGACGGCUGUGAUUGUGAAGGACUACAGUCGUGUGCACUGCCGCCGCAGACCCCAGCAGUCCAGCAUCACCACGGUGUGCAGUCCUCAGCAAUGGGGGGUCGGCUAUGCACCCGCUCCCAAUGACAUCAUCUGGGAGAACCUGUCGGUGUGUGGAUCUCGCUGGUGGCUCCGCUGCGUCCUCCUCAACAUCCUCCUCUUCCUGCUGCUCUUCUUCCUCACCACUCCCGCCAUCAUCGUCAACACCAUGGACAAGUUCAACGUCACCAAGCCCGUGGAGAGCCUGCAGAGCCCUGUCAUUACCCAGUUUCCGACCCUCCUGCUGUGGGCGUUCUCGGUGCUCCUGCCCUUCAUCGUCUACUACUCAGCCUUCUUUGAGUCCCACUGGACCAGAUCCGGUGAGAACCAAGUAACGAUGCACAAGUGCUUCUUACUGCUGGUCUUCAUGGUCAUCAUACUUCCCUCGCUCGGUCUGUCCAGUCUGGACCUGUUCUUCACCUGGCUCUUUGAUGUCAACUUCCUGAACGAAAAGGAAGUCAAAUUCCAGUGUGUGUUCCUUCCCGACAACGGUGCGUUCUUUGUAAAUUACGUGAUCACGUCCAGCCUGAUUGGCACGUCUAUGGAGCUGCUCCGUAUCCCGGCACUGACGGUGUACGCCUUCCGCCUCUGCUUCGCUAAGUCCCAGGCCGAGCGGAUUCACGUCAAGGCGGGUCAUCAGGCCUAUGAGUUCCAGUUUGGCCUGGAGUACGCCUGGACCAUGUGCAUCUUUGCCGUCACCAUGACUUACAGCAUCACAUGUCCCAUCAUCACGCCUUUUGGUUUGCUCUACGUGAUCCUGAAGCACAUGGUCGACCGGUACAACAUCUACUAUGCAUACGUUCCCACCAAGCUCAGCCAGCGGAUCCACAGAGCCGCCAUCAACCAGGUCGUCUUGGCCCCUCUCCUCUGCAUGUUCUGGCUGCUCUUCUUCUCUGUGCUCAAAUUAGGUGCAGUACAUCCCAUCACCCUCUUCACCUUCGUGUCCCUGCUCUCCUGCAUCGUCUUCUCCCUCUUCCGCUUGUGCCUUAGGAAGCGACCGGACAAGUCAAUGAGCUACCAGAUGUCCGAUCAGCCAACUGAGGGGAUGUUCACUGACGCCGACAGGAGCACUGGGACAUCCACCACGGCCUCCAAUCUGUUUGUGGCGUCUGUGCUACUUGAGCCAGAGCUGGCUUUGACUCCGAUGCCCUCCCCGGCCCACCACGGCUACGGUGCCAUGGCCAGCGCACAGGGUUCAAACCACAACCCAGCGGAGGAACAGGAGAGCAAGGAAGACCAUACCCAGACCCAUGAGACUGAGCUCCAAGACCCCCCAGAACCUUACUGCUCCAGCCCGCUCAUGGACAGCCCUGUGGGCUACCAGUAACACCAAACCCCUCCAGCUGAUUUUCAUGUGUCCUUCGCCUGGGGAACACGGAUUGCUUAAUGUCGCAAUGCUACGUUUUUGCCUCUGACCUCAGACUCUAACUUAGCUGUCUCACCACCCUGAGAUUAAAAGGAUGAGGAACCUGGAGAGGAAAGGAGCGUAAGAAUACAGGAGCAGGAUUCAAAUUAACAUCAUCAUAAAUGUAUGUUUCUAACUGACAUGACAACCACACAUCAAUCUUGAUAAAACAACUUUAAUGUGCUUCUGUGGCUUCACGUGCAAGUUAAACCUAACGAAAGCGACUGAGGUGGAACGGCCCAUAUCAGAGAUCAGAGAUGCGGUGCCACUUCACGAGCGGGGGUGAAAGUUCCCGGCAGAGUGGGUGGUGUGAGCAGGCCCGCCCCCGCAGACUGACACAGUGGUCCGGGCGCGGGUGAUAUCUGGUUCCUCGGCAGCAGAGCUCGGGGAGGCUGAGGGUGAGGGCAGCGAGUUGUGAAGCCAUCUGCAGCGAGAGAGCCGACAGACGGAGGGCCGAAUGUAAGUCAGAGAUGCACUGUAAUAAUUGUAGACCCUCUCAGCGGAGGCCCAAGCAGCUUGACUGAACCUGAAGCUUUGUUGUAACCAUCAUCAACUUCAGGUUGCUAUUUUUGCUAUUGUAUUUUUGGUGUCAUUGAUGUUGUGCUGCCGUUUGCGAGCGGGGGAAAUACUUGAGCGCGAGCAGGGAUUUGCAAAGUCGCUUCAACUUAAUCAGAGUAUUCCCUAAUUAUGCUGUCUUGACUGUGUAUAUGAUACAAGUGUACCUUUAUUUAUUUGUUAAAUUGAAAUGAAAAGUUAUUAUUGAGCUAAUUUGGUUUCUUGCUGAGUGUACGAUGAGAAGAUUGGUCAGAGUUGGUGGAGCUACAAGAAAAUCUAUCUAAUGCUGUCAUAUUAAAUAUAACAUUCAUGAUUUUUGUAUUAAUUAAAACAAAUAUUUUACCCUACAAUAGGCAGCAAUCUGGUCUUUAGGGCAAUUAAAUGAAUGAAUGACUGAAUGAAUUAAUGAGAUUAAAUCUUUUCUACACUAGAAUCAGUGGGUGUUUCAGCUUGCACCCGAUGUUAUCCACAUUAAUUGCAACUUUUUUUUGCAUCAGAUGGACUAGACGGAAAUACACUGAAUGUUCUAAAGUUAAAUCAAAUAUUAUUAAAAACUAUUAGAUUAGUGCCAAGUGGCACUAUGUAUGUAUCUUCUUCAAGGUGCAACAGACAUUUAAAUUCAUUCGAUUCAGAUUUUUAAUUGGAUCUGCACCAAAUGGCACACACUCAUCAGUCCCCUAUAUAUGUCUGAUACAUAUAUAUACAUAUAUAAGGCCCCCUGGUCUGGAUCUUCUCAAAAAUGUAAAAAGUUUUGUUCUGGAAGUGUUCAUGUCAUUCUGCUAACUAACAGAAAAACUAAGUAAGCACCCCAACCUACUUAUGUCUGUACUAUAAUUUCAUUAUUAUGUGAAAUAAUUUGGAUAAUCAGCAUAGUAAAAUAUUUAGUUAGGGUUAGGGUUAGGGUUAGCCUAACCCUAACCCUAACCCUUUUUUUAUGUAACUUAUUUGUAGGAAGAGUCAAAUACUUGUUUGUCUAAACUUUGGCUGUGUUAAUUGUGUUUAUUGUUUUUAAUUUUAAUUUAUUGUUUUUGUUUUUAUUGCUUUCUUGGAUAUGACUUGUUCAUUGUAAUUUCCUCCCAAAUAUUUCCCGUCGGCCAUCACUGACUAACCUGCAGACUACAGCUUCGUAUUCGACAGAUAGAGUAGACAUGAGAGUCGUCUCAUCUAACUCUCAGCAAGAAAGAAAAGCAAGACUCAAAAUUUAGAAGCACACUAUGGAUUGAAAAUAGGCUGUGGAGCCGACUCAUAGAAUUCAUCCAUUUAACAAGUUACAUGAAAUGAUAAAUGUGACUUUAAAGGUACCAACCCCUGUAUAAAAACACUAUUUUUAAGUAUCUUGUUACCAUGAUGGCUCAAGUUUAUUUAUCCUAAAAUGUCCCAACUACAAAUAGUAAAACCUAACAAUACA